AUGGAAAGAGCCGAAGAAUUCCAAGCCGACGAAAUUCGAGUCGAAAAAGAUGAACAAGAAGCACUGAAACCGUCCGACACGAUGGUUACGAAUUCGAAUCUUCGAUCCAUGCGGAAAGCUAUUGCCAAAAAGAAAGAAAUAGAAAAUAAACUUACGACCAGUCCACGAAGCUCCUACCAACCUCCGCCCAUACGCCAUCGAAUUUUAUACCUGGAGGUAUAA